AUGCGUCUCUCCCUCUCCCUCUCAGCCGCCCUCUUGGGCCUCGUGUCUUUCGUGUCGGCAAGCAACGUCGUCGACCUCGACCCCACCAACUUCGACCAGCACGUUGGCGGUGACAAGGGUGCUUUGGUAGAAUUCUACGCACCAUGGUGUGGACAUUGCAAGAGCCUUGCCCCCAUCUACGAGCAACUCGCCGACGCUUUCCCUACUGACAAGGUGGUGAUUGCGAAGACUGAUGCCGAUGGUGUGGGCCGAGAGCUUGGUUCCAAGUACGGUGUCACUGGAUUCCCUACUUUGAAGUGGUUCCCCGCUGGCGGCGCCGAGCCCAUACCUUACGCUGGUGCCCGUGACCUCGAGACCCUUUCUACCUUCGUGACCAAGAACUCUGGCGUCAAGUCCAACAUCAAGCCUCCCCCUCCUCCCGCUUACACUGAGCUCGACUACACCAACUUUGACGACAUUGCGCUUGACGAGAACAAGAACGUUCUUGUCGCGUUCACUGCCCCUUGGUGUGGUCACUGCAAGAACAUGAAGCCCGCGUACGAAAAGGUCGCCAAGAUCUACGAGGCUGACUCUGACGUCGUCAUCGCCCUCAUGGACGCCGACGAGGCCGACAACAAGCCCAUCGCUAGCCGAUACGGUGUUGCCAGCUUCCCCACCAUCAAGUACUUCCCCAAGGGAUCCAAGGAGCCCGUCGCUUACGACUCUGGCCGUACCGCCGAGCAGUUCGUCAAGUGGAUCAACGAGAAGGCCGGUACCCACCGAGACCUCUCUGGCCUCUUGACCGAAACUGCCGGCCGUGUCCUUACCCUCGACACCCUUGCUUCCCAAUUCUUCACCUCUGCCUCCUCCGCCCGCUCCGACAUUGUCAAGCAGGCCAAGGAUGCCCUCGCCUCGCUCGACAAGCAGACCAGGGCUUCUGGCGAAUACUACGUCAAGGCUAUGGAGAGGAUCAGCGCCAAGGGUGAGGAGUGGGUUGCCAAGGAGCAGGCUCGACUCGCCAACCUCCUCGCUUCUCCUUCCCUCGCCCCUACCAAGCUCGACGAGCUCAAGAUCAAGAUCAACAUCCUCUCUGCCUUCGCCUCUCAGAAGGCGUCUGACGCUUACGACUCUGCCGAGGAGCUUCUUGAGGACGCCAAGCAGGCCGCUUUCGAGGGCAAGGCUAGGGUCAAGAGCGAGCUCUAA